UACGACAAGCAACGAAAAUGCACGACGAAUAAUUGAUGAAUUAUUUUCAACACACACAUAACAACAGCCGGAUAGCGUUGAUUGUUCAAUCUUUGCCUUAACCGUCACUGAUGAAAACCUGAACGAUGCUACCAAGCAAUAUGUUUCAACCCUUGAAAAAAUUUUUUAGAAUUGGAAUUUUCUCAUCAAACAUAAAAAAUACUUUUGCGACAUCGGAAACGUGGCUGGGAAGGUCACCUUAUUCAUACGUAAAGAAGCGUCGAAGUAUACCCAACAUGGACAUACCCAAAUAUCUUAAGGAUGGUUUGGUAAGGAGAGGUCUUGGACGAUCAGGUCGCAACAAUACUGGACGUGUAACAAUCCGUCACCGAGGUGGAGGGCAUCCUCAAACAUAUCGAAUAAUCGACUUCGUACGAGCCCCUUUGGAAGAUGAGACGACAAAUACAGUUGCCAUUAAAGAUAAGAUAUUGCAAAUUGGAUAUGAUCCCUGUCGGUCGGCGCGUAUAGCAUUGUGUGCAGGCAAUGGGGAUACAAGGCAAAAACUUUUGGUUGUACCUGAUGGAGUUGCAGUUGGUGACAUAUUGACUGCAUCUCGUGGCCCACCAGAAUCUAUUUCUCGCAUUAAACCUGGUGAUGCCUAUACUUUAGGAGAGCUACCUGUUGGUAGUAUUGUAUAUAACGUUGAGUUGCAGCCAGGUAAAGGUGCCCAGCUUGCCAGAGCUGCAGGUACAUCAGUUCAACUUAUCAGAAAGACAGAUGAGCAUGCUGUCAUUUUACUUCCUUCGAAGAAGGAAAAGAGUGUUAACAUAAAUUGCUUAGCAACUGUUGGCCGUGCUUCAAAUGUUGAUCAUAAGCAUGAAAUUAUUGGUAAGGCUGGACGUGCUUGUUGGCUUGGCAAAAGACCAAAAGGAAAAACUGGAAAGGAUCGAUGGCUGUGGACAAAAAAAAGAGUUUGAUUUCACUUUCAUGAUUUCUUUUUGCCAGUGAUUUCCUGCAUAUAUCAUGGAUAGGCAAACCUGUAUCUAAUGGCAUAGGGCAUGUUAAGUGGCUACCAUGUUAUAAGCAAAUAUUUUUUCAAGAAUACUUUUUCUAUAGAAGUACUAUGUUUGUCUCUUGCAUUGAACUUAAAUACUUGGAAUGCUACCUGAAGCAAAUAAUUGUAGCCAAAUCUUACACUCAGACAUUACAGGUAGAAUUCCAUGUAUUUUAGUUCAAUGGUCUCCAGUACCUAUUAAGUGGCCAUCUUUAGCAGCCACAUAAUCCUCCAGUUUUCAUAAUAGUUAUCUCCCAUUUGCUAAGGGGAAGCAUAAUUUUUAUAACGUUGACCAAUUCGAUUUUUUCGUAUAUUGAUUAGUAGUUGAAAUGGACAGGGAUGCAAAAUGUAAACUAGUUACCUGUUAGUACCAUGUUAUAAAUUACCGUUAUAACCUAUAAAUUAUAACGGUCUGCUUCAGCGGGAGUCGUAAUCCAACUUCAAACUGUUGAUGUGUGGUCGCAAAAGUCAAAAUCGCAUUUUUUGAAUUCAGAUUUCAACAAAUAAAAAAGGUGUUAAAACUUAAAAACUUAUUCAUUUCCAUUUACUUAAAAUGAUAUACAGUUGUCAAAUGAUUUUGAUGGCUGGUAGCUUUCAUGUAGGAAAACGUUCGCCAAUUUCAUCCCAUGCUGUUUGAAACAGCCCGACUCGAAAACUAACUUUACUUUUUACGUGAUCAGCAAAAUUGCAAUGUUUACAUUGUUAAUGCAAACUUCAUAAGCCUAUACAUCGUAAAGGUACAACUGUGUCUCAAAGGAACCAAACGUUGGUUUUCAAAAGGUUUGUAGCUACUCCUCGGUGUGCAAAGAAUGCGAUUUUGACCAAAAUGCGCUUGCAUUUGCUCAUAUUUAUAUUAUGAAAUUCCAUGUCUAUAAUUGAGAAUCCUGAUCUUUCAUAAUAUUUCACAACUAUAUGGUCGCUUAUUCGGAAAUUUACAAACACCAGAAUGUUGAAGUUGGAUUACCUUUUUUAGACACCCUAUAAAAGUGUUUCAAAUUGUAAUAUGCUAUCGUGCAUUUGAUAUCGUCUUCAACGCUUACGUUUAUACAAAGCAAAUAAGAGAGGAGCUUUUUAGCUUCCCAAUAAUAUGUCUUUCAUUUAAUGACAUUCAGAAAUGAUAGAGUACUCAAUAGAAGACGAAAUUGUAUUCUUUGAAUCGAAUUGAAGACAAUUAAGGAAGAUCGUAUAGCGUAUGAUACAACCCAUUGUUUCGUUGUAUUUGUUUGAAAUAACCAUGGAAAUAACAGAGUAAAACUGCUUGGUGCUUAAAAUCAGUUUGAAAACUUUGUAGUUUGUUUGAAUACAUAAUUAGUGGUUAAUUCUAUUAUGACAUGCAGGCACAAAUUCAGGUAGAAAUAAUUUGUGAAAAAAAACACUUGGGGAAAUUAAUAGAAAAUAAGAGAAACUAAUGAUUUUCAAGGAGGUUUGUACUUAAAUUUCAAAUGUAAAUAAUAAAUUUUGUAAAACGUGA